CCGCCAUAUUUAUCCGCAUUUCUUUCUACUUUCUCCGUUGCCUCUGGUCCUGAUCACCAUCUCUCGCAAAUGACAACCGCAUCGCGCAAACUCCAGUCAACUUCCGCUGCCGUUUGCGCAAAGCUCAGAACUCCACCUUCCGUCCCGCCGUUGCCCCCACAGCGGCUUAAACUGGACCCCAACCCACCUCAACCGACACUAGCUCUCAUUCCCGCUCUGCGACCCAUCCUCCCACGGUUGGAGAUCCGACCCACAAACAGCUGCAGGCACCUCGACAACCACCCGCCGUCGUCAAAAAUGGACGUAUUCAAGACCAUCGCCGCCUGCUUCGGCGGCGCCGACCCCAAGGACGAUUCCCGUCCCAAGCUCAGCGAGAAGGCCCAGGCCCAGGCGCCUGACGACAUUCGCUCCGCCGACGAGGUCUCGGACGAGGUGGUAGAGCUGCUCCGCACCGCCGAGAAGAACGGCCCGUCGCUCCAGAGCCGCGUGCGCGGCGCCGUCGGCGCGCGGGGCUGGACCGAGAAUGUCGCCCGCGCCGUCGUCUCGCGCCUCGAGACCGUCAUCAAGGAGGGCCGCGACAAGGUGGGCCAGGCCCUGGCCGAGGUCAUCGACAGGGCCGAGGAGGCCGCCAAGGCCGCCUUCGAGUUCUCCAAGGAGAACCCCUACCUCAUCGCCGGCUUCGCCACCAUCGUCGCCAUCGGCGUGCUGGUGCUCGUGGCGCCCUGGGCGGUGGAGGCGCUCGGUUUCGCCCGGCUGGGACCCGUUGCCAACUCGUUCGCGUCCUGGUGGCAGUCCACCUAUGCCGGCUUCGUACCCAAGGGCUCCUUGUUCAGCUUCUUCCAGCGGCUGGGCAUGGUCUGGGCGCGUUGACUAGCGAUGCGAGGCUUGAACAUGAUAAGACCAAAGCUGUAGCUUUGCAUCUUUGUACCAGGCCUCGACAUCGUUUGUGAUGGCGGUCGGCCUUUCGCAGAUAAAGAAGAUGGCAGUACGGAUGCCCUGCGUGUUGCCCGAGGACGGGCUAGCGCUCGUCGGUGGCGAAUAUGGAGCCAGGAGUCAGGAAAGACAUUGGCCACUAUGGGGCAGGAAUCAAUCGUCUCGCAUUUCGUUGCAACGUGGGAGCUGCCGUCUGACCAAGCCCGGCCGGAAGAGGAAACGGUUGUUACGUGAUUUCCGAGGUUCGUUGAUUUUCGUUCAUGCUCCAAGGAAGUAGCGGCACUCCUAAUCGCCUAGCGGAUUCCCCAAUAAAGGAAAUGAGUCGCCAAAUGGGAAAAAGAAACGUGAAAUCAAAACCAAAACUCCUAAGCCUCUCCCCUACCGACUCCCAGAGUUCACCGUGAUGUCAGUCGUCUUGACGAUGCGCCCCAGGUUUUCCUGCUCGCCCUGCGCGAACCCGCCCGGGGGACCCGACGACGCGGUCGCGUAGGUGCCGGCGGUCGGGCCGCCGCGCUCGAGGUCCAUGUCGCGGAGGGCCAGCUCUUCGUUGCCGAUGCUACCGGGCCGGCCGGCGAGCGGCCUGCCCGGGCUGGACUUGUGCGUGCCGUCGCGCCGCGCCGAGCUCGCGUAGCUGUUGCUACUGCCGCUGCCGCCGCCGCCGCUGCUGAAGCCCCGGCCCGGGCGCAGGCGCGACAGCAGCGGGCGCAGGGUGGGCAGGUUGGACGCCAUGAUGGACAGGCCGAGCUCGACGCAGGACCAGAUAGCCGCGUCGAUGUUGUCCCACGACGGGUCCGGGCUGACGACGGAUCGGUAGAGCGUCGAGAUCCGGUAGACGGAGAUGAUGCAGACGCUUUUUCGGGGCGCGUGUCAGCAAGGAGAGUUGCGUGGGGUAUUGUGGCGGUCGGUUUGGAGGUUGCACUUACAAGAAACCCAGCCCGAAAAUCCCCAAUACCAUAAGCCUCUGCUUUAGCGGCAGCUGGAGGUGCCAGACGGAAUGCAAUGGGAUGCAGAAGAUAAGCAUGUCGGUUGCCGUGCUCAUAGCGGAGGAAAAGUACCAAAUAGGAAGGGUGGCGAGGCAUUUGUCGGCCAUGGUGGGAACGAUAACGGCAAAGGGGAGGCAUGAAAGGAGGAGGAAAGUGCUCUGAAUGGCAGACCAGACGCAAACGUAAAGGAUAAACCAGAAGCAAACGGUCCGCAGGGCUGUGCUGUGGAAGAUGCGCCUGUAUUGGAACAGGAACCCCAGCUUCGUGACGUUCAUCCCUGCGUUGUAGC